GCAAACGGGAAACAGUAUCGAAAAAGUGCUAAGGACUAAGCAAAGCCACUGCUAACAGCGCAAAAAUUCAACUGAAGGAAGAGGACUACAGAGGACAACAGUAUUUGACAGAAUGGCGCCCGCAAAGGCAACCAGAUCCAGCCGGGCUACCGGAACCAGUCAGGCCGCUAUGAGCGUGGCCAUCAAGAAGGAAAAGGUCAAACGCUCUGCCCUGGGCGACAACUGCAAUCUUAGCCAUGCCAAGAUAAUGGCGCUGCAUCAGGACAAAGAGAACUGCCACGGGGUUUUGGACGAAGGCAAACGCUCGAAGGCAACGAUCUAUAAGAAGACCGUUUUGGGGGAGAUCCCCAAUGGCGACAUGGUCCAGAUUCCAUGCAGAUCCCAGGCCCAAGCCCAAGCCCAAGGAGUGUCCCUCAAGCCGCUGCGUCGCAUUUCCAACAAGACUACGGAUAGCCUUUACCCGUCUGCCUUGGAGGACGUCUCCACCUGCGGCGCCUCUUUGCAUCCCACCGCCGAUGCCUGGGCGCCGGUGGUGCCUCGGCGACGCGUCCCGCGAGGUGUGGUGGACUUUGAUCAGAAGAACUGGGACGACCCCUUGCAGGUCUCGCACUACUCCAUGGAGAUCUUCAACUAUCUGAAGACACGCGAGCCGGCGUUCGCCAUCGGGGACUACAUGCCGCGACAGAUCCACCUGACCACGGACAUGCGGGCCGUGCUGGUCGACUGGAUGGUCGAGUUGCAAGAGAACUUCAGGCUCUACCACGAGACCCUGUACUUGGCUGUGAAGAUCGUGGACCUCUACUUGUGCCGCGCAGUCAUCAAGAAGGAGCAGCUGCAGCUCCUGGGGAUCACAGCCUUCUUCAUUGCCAGCAAGUACGACGAGUGCCUGCCCCUCCGGAUCUGGGAGUUGCUGUACAUUUGCGACGGGGCCUACAGCCGCGACGAGCUGGUCAAGAUGGAGCUCGAAACGCUGCGCCUCAUCCAGUACGACCUGGGCAUUCCCCUGUCCUACAGCUUCCUGCGUCGCUACGCCCGUUGUGCCCAGGUCCAGAGGCGCACUCUGACCCUGGCUCGCUACAUCCUGGAGCUGUCGCUGAUGGACUACGCCGCAAUUGGGUUCAGGGACUCGCAGAUGGCAUCGGCCGCCCUCUACAUGGCCCUGCGCAUGCGCGCCGGCGCCUCACACCUGGACCAACAGACCUGGACCCCGACUCUGGUCCACUACACGGGCUUCCAGCUGGCGGAAUUCGCCGAGAUCGUGCCCGUCCUGAAUGCCGGCCUCCAUCGCAGGCCGUGUGACACCAUCAAGAUAAUACGCAACAAGUACUCGGACAAGAUAUUCCACGAGGUGGCCAAGGUGCCUCUGCUCACCAACCAGGAGCUGUUCCAGAACAACCUGGCCCCAAAACAUAAAAGCAGAACCCACCUCUGAAGAGGACACACGCAAUGUCCCCUGCCCCCUUCCUAUCCCGGGCAUAUUCCCACACAAGUUUAUAUAUUUUUGUGAUCU